UUUAAAUGGCUGGAGAAAAAUUAUAAAGUUCAGGUAAACGCAAAUGUUAGCCUAAAUGUCCUGAACAUUAAUUCAAUCUCCAACCUAAAAGUACAAAAUGCUGGCUUAAACAUGUUACAAACAUAGAUUUUUGUCCUAUAUUUAAUGAUGCUGUAUUUGAUGUAAAUUAAUUAUCAUUAGUUAUCUUGUUAUGAAAAUAUUGUUCCAGUUUUCAAUUAAGAUGAAUAACAAUGUUUACCUGGUUUUAUUUUAGAAGUGGACCGAGUAUAUUUUAAAUUAAUACUUUAAUUAGAAUGACUAUAUAAAGAGUAUGCAAAAAUAUAAAGAGGAUCAUUAAAAAAAGGUUUAGGAAUACACAAUAAAAAAAACUAAAUUAGUAAAAAUUAAAUAUAUUGAUAGUAAAUUCCUAAACCAGGUAGAAAACAUAGAUAUUGUGGAGUCUGUCGUAAACCUUAUGUAGAUUAUUUGGAUGUAAAAUUAGGAAUCUAAUAAUUUAGCAUAUCAAAUCUGCAGAUCACAUAAAUAGUUUUAACAGACAUGAAUUUGUCCACGUUAUUUUAAAAAUAGUAAAUGAAGAUUAUAAAAGCAAGGAUGAAAACAAAUUUCAAAAUGAUAUCUGUUUCGAUGUAGCUACAUCCAAAAUUCCAAAGAAAAGAGGUCCAAAACCAAAAAAUCCAAUUCAAUAAGCAGAACCAAAAAAAAGAGGAAGAAAACCAGCUGAACCUUCUUUAACAAAACGAAUAAAAACAUAACCUGUCUAAGAAUAAUUUAAUCCUUUCCGACCUCAACCAACUCCAUUUUUUCAAUAACACUUUCUUUUUCCUUAUCCGACACCGUUGAGUCAAAUGUUGGCUUAAUUACCAUGUCAAAUAAACAUUCCCUUUCCAAUCAAGCUUGGAUAAGACUUAAAUAUUGGAUCAUUAGAAGAUAUGAGUAAGAUAUUUUAUUAAUAUAGUUAUGGAAGGUGAAAUUGCAAAAAUUGCAAAUAUUGAAGAUAUUGCUCAAAUUUGAAU